AUGGCCGAUCAAGCUAUCGCCGUCGAUGAAUUCGCGCAGACUCGUGGUGCCGACGAUCUGUUCGAUGACGAGAUCAUCCCCAUCACAGGCGAUCAGGAAAUUGAGCAUGUUGCUGAGACGAGCCCCGAACCGGAGCAGCAUCAGGAGCAGCCGACGGAUACCGCGACGCAACAACAACCAGUUCCUACGUCGAGAAGACAGCGGGGGCAUGGUCGGGGUGCGCACGAAGGUGGUCGGGGCAGGGGUCGAGGACGGGGACGUGGUGGUAGGGGCGGCUCAGAUGCUGGGCCAAAAAGGGAAGCUGUCAAGGAGGCUGCGGUGGAGGCAGUAGAGGCCCCUAAGGAUUUUGAGUCUACCGAAAAGACAGAUGAUACAAUUGCAGAGGAAAAGAAGGACGAAGAUGCUGAGAGCAAAGCGGCAAAGACGGAGAAUGCGCGAGUGCAGGCCGUCCGUGGGGAUCGCAGUGGUACCGGUGGAAUCAAGAAGCCCAAACUCACCGAAGAAGAACUAGCAGAGCGCAUGGCCGCCGCCAAACUCAAUGCCGCCAAAAAGGCAGCCGCGCAUGCCCGCGCCGAGGCCGACGAAGCCUCCUUCCACCAAAGAGAAGCCAUCGCCGCCGAAAAGCGACGACAGGAAUUAGCGAACAGGAAAGUCAUGGACAGUGAACGCGAGCGGAACAGAAUGCGCAAACUUGGCGCACAGACGGGCCGGGAAUGGGAUGCCGAGAAGAAGGAGGAAGAUUAUAAUGGUCGGCGAGACCGCGGGAGUCAGUUUCGGCGCGGGAUGCAUGGUGCUGUUUCUGGGUAUGUGCGGCGAGAUCAACAGACCGACGGCCCAGAAACUUUUGUUGACGAUAUCCCUGAAUCUCGUAGCCGAGGUGGGGGUCGGGGUAGAGGUGGUCGUGGACGAGGACGCGGUGGUGCCGGACGAGGUGGUAGAGGUGACUUUGCGAAUAGUCAGGACCGUCUUGCACCGCAGACUGCGCCGGGAAUCAGCAAUGAGAGCGAGUUCCCAUCCCUACCUGGUAAACCAUCGUCCAAAGAAGCAGCAACAGCAACAGCCGCGCCAACAGAGAAUACCCCUACAGCCGACAAGCUUUCGAUACCAGCGUUGGAGAAAGUUCCUUCGCCUAUUUCGCCUUUAUCGCCAGCAGAAGGGACCUGGGCGGAGCAAGUUGAUGCAAGUGAGGCGCUAUGA